AUGGGGAUCCGCAACCUCUACUCGCACCUCACUCCUUUUGCUCGCCCGGAGACCUUUUCUUCUACCAGCGGUUCCAAAACACCUAUUUACAUCGAUGGUCCAGCACUGUGUCACCACAUCUAUCACCUCAUCUUCUGUGCGGGCAGCGCCGUGGGUGGCAACCCAUUCGAGACCACGCUCUCCUACCGAACGUUUGCCCUCGCCUACAACUCGUACCUCACUCGCCUCGAAGCCUCUGGAUUUCGAAUUGCAGAGAUUCUGUUCGAUUCGGCUCUCCCGUCGUCGAAAACCGCGACACGGCUAUCGCGCCUUGACGAAUCGCUGAGAAAACUCACACGCUAUCGGUCGUUGAACUCCACAGUUCGACAUGGCGCUCAGUCCCUAAUUGAAUCGCCAGAGACUUUUUUCGCGGCCGAAAAAUCGAAUGCCGCCGUAACAUCGAGUUCACAACCGCUCUCCGCACCGCCAUUUAUUGUUGCUGCUGCGCUGUCGUGGUUGAGUUCACACGACAGCUACAGGGGGCUGACGAAAACGGUGCCAGGGGAGGCGGACCCUUUCCUUGCGGCGGCAGCGAUCCGGAACGGCGGAAUAGUGUUGACUGGGGAUUCGGACCUCCUGGUGUUUGGAGACGAUGUCGACAAUUGGGGCGUCGUCAUGAUGCAGGAUCUGUCGUUCACGGAGUCGGGAGUGGCUGCCCGCGUAUCGCGACCCGCGGACAUAGCACGAGUGCUGAAACAUCCCCUGUUGCAUGUCGCAUACCAGACUUCGCUCGAUGCGACCGCAUCAUUUAGCCAGAUCCUGGACCGGCUGGGGAGGAUCGAGACGCGAAGGAAACAGGGCGCAGGCGUAGAACCUAUUCCGGCCGCGUUUGCAAGAGAAUAUUCAUUACCGGCUGAGGGCGGUGUCAUCCGGAUGGUGGAGGAACCAAGGAUUGGAGAAUUGCUGUAUCUCGCGGCGAAGGGGAAGGCGGAUCGGACGAUGUACUUUCCGUUCCUGAACGAGGAUCCACAGCGCGCACCGGCAUGGGAAAUCGGCGGUUCGGUCAGAGCGCUUGCAUACACUCUGCUGUUUGGCGGCGGAGAAGUGAAAGAGGUGUAUCGGCGCGGACCCAGGAUCACCGAAUCGCCCGUACUGUGUGACAACGCACCGGAAAGGUUGGAUGAGUUUGUUAAAGCCAUCAAGGACGAUACGAGCACUUUCUGGUGGGCCUCUGCCAUACUUGAUAGUAUCUCCGCCGUGAUGAGGGAGCGGGGCCAGCCCGUACCAUCGUGCGACGAGCUCACCGCUAUUGCAGGAAUAUUGCUCCCAGACCCAUGUGUGACGCCACCGAAGAAGACAAAGCAGAAAUGGAGCUGGGGGCUGAUACACAUCUUUGCCAUGGCGCAGGCUGGAUGGUAUUCCUUGUUAUUGCUGCGCGAGGUGCUGCGA